AUGCUGGACUGGGCGCCGGUGGUGGUGGGCGUCGUGCUCUUCGUGCUGCUCUCGCCGGGCCUGCUCAUCGAGCUCCCCGGCCUGCACCGCUGGGUCGACUUCGGCAGCCUCCGCGUCACCGGCAAGGCCGCCACCGUCCACACCAUCCUUUUCUUCGUCAUCUUCGUCAUCGUCACCAUGGCGUGCAACCUCCACAUCUACACCGGCGCCUAG